UUUCACAAUGGCGGAGGCUGGGUGAGGAGGAGAGUGUGUGUGUGAAGCGGCGCCGUAAUCGUUAGAGCUACAUUGCCCGUUAUACGUGCACGGUGCCCGAAAAUGGCCCUGAACCCCAACGCGGUGGGGAAAAGGGACUCAGAAUGUACCGAGACGGACGAUAUCCAGCCGGAAGGCGGCGAACCCCCGAAGAAUUCAGCCGCCACCUCGGCCACAGCCAACCAAAAUGGCGAUCAGCCUGGAUGUGGAGACGGUGUAAUGCCCGACCAAGAAGCCCCUGAGCGGCGGAGGAGAGUGCAGGCAGACGCCCGGAGCUUUAGCAGCUCUCCUUCGCCGGGCCAGAGACCGAAUUUCCAAAUUCCGAGGAAGAACAGAGAGCGGAAAGGUUUGUACAAUUUCCUGCUCCCCGACAGCAGAGAGUUUGAGGACCUUGUGAAGAUAGUCUCUUCGUUCUACCUAGACGCAUCGUCACGAGGAACUUUCUCCUACUGCAAGGCCAGGCUCAUUCAGAAUGAGCUGCUGGAGAAAGAGUUCAUUGAAAAGCGGAGAGAGAUGAAGCAGGAGGGGCGGACAGAACAGGAACUGACUGAGUCCUACUGCUUCCUUUAUCCAGACAAAUCCAAGCUCCACUGGAUCUGUGAUAAGGGUCUGUCGGUUGGACACACGAGGAUUACUACACUAGGGAAUCCAUCAAAGGGUGUUUAUGUCUCCAAAUAUUCUGAUCUGUUACAAAUGAAUCCUUUUGAAGUGGGCUCAUCUGGAGACAUGAUCAUUUUUAAAGUUAUGAGGGGCCGAAUAAAGCACAUACACGAGAACAUGCCGAAGAACGCCAUGGAACCUACUCCUAAGUUUGACUGUCAUUUGUCCAAAAGUUGCAACAGGGUUACGUCUUUGCUGUCUUACAGGGCUUUUGAGCUCACGCAGCAAUAUUUUUUCGAGUUUGCAUUCGAUGAGAUCAAGAUGCGGCCCAGACAUGUGUACCCCUACGCUGUGAUUUCCUUUAAGUACAAAGGCAAGGAGGCUGCAGCAACUCCUAUGACUUCACACAGGUUUAACACUAUUUCCCCGGAAGGAAGUCGAGGGAAGAGCUGCUACACUGUGUGGAGUGGUCCACUAGUGAACAAGGGUCAGGAAUUGUUUCCAAUCUGUUUACGAUCCUCCUCGCGUCCCUACCUCCCUUUCAAACUGCCUGAGAAGCUAGAGGUGAGUCGAGGCAUGCAGCUGGAGCAGGUGAAGCGAAAGAUUCCCUCUGUGCUCUUUUCUUGGGACACCUACAGCGCAUCACGGGAAGUGAUGAAAUGUGGGAUGUCCUGCAGCCUGUUUGAGGUGGUGGAUGGAAAAGGCAAACCAACCAGCGGCAGCUUGGCAGCGUUGGUCAACAAACUGGAGAGGGACAGGAUGGUGCUGGUGAAGUCCUUGUUUGACAGGGGCUUUCUCUUCCUGCUGUCCUCUGCGCAGAUGGUUGAGUCCAAAGAGAGGCGGGGGCGCGCUGAGAAGAACCUGCAAGCAUUAUUCAUCUUUCAGGAGUCAAGGAUGGUUGUCAAGUACACAUCCAGACUGUUCGAGCCAGAGCCGCUGACGGUGGAGCCCCAGCCUGCUAUCCCUUCCUCCUUGAAACCCUUCAUCCCUGCUCUGCACUACGCGCUGUUUAAGCUGCGCCCCAACCCGGGCAAGGACCUGAGCCUGGGGGUGGAGCGUCAGGCCACCGAUUACCUAAACCGUAUGGAUUCAGGCACGGUGCGGCAGUUUAUUCUGCCUGAAUAUAAAUGUAACGUGGACGAAAGGACCAACCCGCUCCCAGUGCCCAGGCCUAAAUUUAACAUGGAUGCUGUGCUGCGGUCUUAUGUCCACAACCCUGCCAACUACAUGUUACCUCUGAACAAGAUGAAGGACAUCAUUGAGAGAAUACGGAGCCCCGUACCCGUACCCGUACCCUUACCCAUACCCACACCCACACCUGCUCCGGCCCCAGUGGAAUACAGCCCUGUUUCUGACUGGGGCGGCUCGGACAGGGGCUCAGACAGGGCAGAGAGACCUACAGAGAGGCUGCCCCAGGAGAGGCCACCCCCAGCACAGGAGAAGCCACCCGCAGACAGCGGCAGGCGGAGGCAAGGGUCGGGCCAUUCAAACGGGGCACAGUCGCAGCACAAGUCUGACGCUGACUCCCAGCCUCAGCCCCCUCAGAGGCUGCGGCUGUCCCAGAAUGAGUACGAUAAAGACAAGAUGAAGCAGUUGCUCAAACUGAUUCAGCUUCAUAAGAAAGCACUAGUGAAGGAUCCUGGGAAGGAAAGGGGAGAGGACGGGGCUUGGGACGCCAACAGUCUAAAGAGGAAGUUUGAGGGAGAUGAGAGGGGGGGCAUGAACAAACACCCACGCACAGAUCUCCUGAGCAACGGGGAACCCAGCAGAGGAGCCCAAGCGGAUGAGAUGGGAGAAGAAGGCGGACAGAGCGACAAUCUGACCGCAGUGAUGGAAAGCAUGGGUAUCUACGACACUGACCUGAGGGCUCAUGGCAACACCAACGCCUCUGCAGUCGGUGAGACCCAGCGUCUUCUCAAGAUCCUUCUGGCUACUCUCAACAAAGCCGUGGCUCAGGGUUCAAUGUCUGCGCAGUCAAACCACGGCGAACCAUCGACGGGUUCAGGGAGGGGGGAGCCUGCCAUCCCGGAGCCUGAUCUGAAGAAACAAAACGAGCCCGUGUCUCAAACAAACUACACAGAGGAGGACAUGGACUGUAGCCCUGGUAGUCCACUCAGCGCUGGCUCCCCAACAGAGCAAACUCACACCUCAGACAACCCGACCUGGGUUAACCCCGCUGAUGAAGACAAAGCACAGCCUUUUCCUGAGCCAAAGCCCGAGCCUGAGCCAGAGCCGGAGGCUGUGACGGUGGCAGAGAGCUACCCAGAGCCAAAGGCGCCUGCAGCCGUGGAAGUAAAAAAGGCGGCUGCACCACCCACGUUACCAGUCGCAGAGGAAGUUCCCUUCAGGCCCUCCAUCAGCCUAGACACCAUUCUGAACCAGGAAAUUCACAGUCUCACCUCUGACAUUAAAAACAUCAUGACGGCUCAUCGCAUCUGCUAUUCUUCGCAGCUGCCCCCGCGGUUGCCUCCACGCCACUGCUGGCUGCCCAGCAGCUGCUUCUCAGAAUUUGUCGUACCCUACGUCUCCCCCGUCCCCAUUCAGGGACAUGUCAAAGCACUGUGUGAGAAGAUGGACAAGUUGAUCCCAGCCCCACCUGCUCCCUCCAAGGUCACUUCUUCACCUCCCCCAGUUACAACAUCUAAUCUUACAACACCGCCCCCCACCCCUAUGCAGACUUCCAAAACUAAAGCGGACCUCUCCCUUUCAAAGAGCACCACCCUUUCACAGAGCAGUAAAAUGGGCGCUGUCAAAGGGGCGGUAUCUACGAGGUCUAAAACAGAGGGCUUGUCAGCGGAGUUGGGGGGAGAGAUCUAUUCUCCCUCUCAAGUCACAACAGACUCUCCAGAGCACAAAAACCCCGGCUCUGCUUCUGGCAGUGGGUCCAGCCUGCUGGCCGGCAGCCUCAUUGGUCAGCUGAAGCCUGAAGUUUUCAGCAGCCUGGUGGAGAUCUUUAAGGAUGUCACCAAGAACACAGUAAAAUUCUACAUCUACUCCGGGGACGAGGGGGAGGAGAGCACCGUCUGCAAGGAGAUCAAGGAGUACUUGAAAAGUCUUGGCAACCGUGAGUGCAGCCCGCAGACAUUUCUGGAAAACAGCGGCAGUUUAGAUAAGCUGCUCAUCAUCAUUCAGAAUGAGGACAUCGCUGCACACGUGCACAAGAUCCCGGCUCUGGUGUCUUUGAAGAAGUUGCCUUCAGUGAGCUUUGCUGGAGUGGACACUCUGGACGAUGUCAAGAACCACACUUAUAAUGAGCUGUUUGUGUCUGGAGGCUUCAUGGUGUCUGAUGAGUUUGUCCUCAACCCUGACCUCAUCACACAGGAACGUUUGCAAGGGCUGCUAAAGUUCUUGGAGGAGCAGAGCACCCCUGAACACCCCUGGCAGUGGAAGGUGCACUGCAAAUCCCAGAAAAAGCUCAAAGAACUGGGGAGGUUGAACACUAACGCCAUGGGGCUGCUGAACCUCCUCACAGCCUAUCAGAAGAAGCACCUAGUGGAGUUCCUCCCUUAUCACGAGUGUGACACCGCGUCGCGUCAGGCUCCAGACCUGGAAUGCUUGAUUAAGCUCCAAGCUCAGCACACACAGCAGCGGCACCUUAUCUUCCUCACAGAGAGGCCAUUUGAGAUGUUCCUACAGUACUCCAGAAAUGGAAUAGUGAUCGGUAGCAUUGACGACGUGAUGAGCGGUUUCCACAGCUUGAUUGGCUCCAUCAAUCAGAAUGAGCUUCCAACACCGCCCUCCACAGUAGUGAAUGAUGAGUGUGUGGAAGAGGAGGACAUGUCAUUAGACUCUGACGAUGGCGAGCCAACCACCGUGUCAGAUCCUUUACAGCAGAACCGGGCGGUUGAGAAGGGGAAGCCUCCGCAGCCGCCCCCACCAGAAAUGGAGGAGUUUCGUCCUCCGCUCCCAGAGCAGCAGGCCACCCCAGAGAGAACUCCAACGCUGGCUGACUACAGUGCCCUGAAAACAGCCAUCUCUCAGUUCAAGGCCUCCAACCAGAUCGGCAUAGGCCCUUCAGACAUCGGCGGCUUGUCACCGGGAGGGUUCCCUGUGAACCCGCACCAGAGCUUCCUGUGUCCUUCGGCCUCGUGGUCAUCCUACACUGGCUCUUCUAGCUAUGCGGCCUCCCCUGCCUAUCCCGCCUCACCCUGCAGCAGCACCCAGGAACAGGAAUACCGCCCCCCAGUCCCAGCUACAGCCUCCGCCACAGCCCCAACCCCAUCUGUAAUGGCCACAGCCCCAACACCACCUGUCACCGCCACAGCCCCACCCGGCACAGCUAUAGCCCCAGCGCCACCUGUCAUGGCCCCAGCCCCAGCCCCACCUGUCAUGGCCCCAGCCCCAGCCCCACCCGUCAUGGCCCCUGCAGGACCUCUAGCCAACCUGGCUUCCCUCCCUUUGGAGGUCAAACCUCCCCCUCCGCCUCAUCUAAUGAUGUUAGGCCACACGUACGGCUCGGACACUGGAGGAUCUGGGGCUGCUGGAAACUCUCCACACACCACCUCGCUCCCUUACACAGACCACAAUGACUCAGCCCAGCCAGGUUACAUGCCUGGCAUUGUUAAAAAUGCCAGCGGGACCCCCACUCAGCACGACAGGACACUCAGUGGACCUGGGGAGGGUCUAUGGGGGACAGCAGGGACCAGCACUUGUCAGACUGCUAGCAGCAAGGGUGUGGUCACAUCCGGCCCAGUGGACCCCACCGGGCUCCCUAAGUUUGGGGAAACCGUCAGAGGCAGCAACCCUGGUAUUCAGGGGGGCAGGACUCAGGUGAAUUGCACCAACAACCUCAGACCGCCUGUGGGUAUUCCCACAGUGGCCACCAGGGGGGGCUCAAUAGUCAGACCAAAACUGCCUCCACAUCCCAUGUGCGGUGCUGGCUAUGGUGGUAUGGGUAGCAUCCCUGGACAGAUGGAUCAUGGGCCUAUGCGAGGUGGUAUGGGUCCUGGUUCUUUAGGGAGCUAUCGAGGGAGAGGAGCCCCACCAGUAGGACUUUGGCCUCGUCCAGGACGAGGACAUAAUAUGGGGGACGGGACAGGAGGUGGACCCUGCUCUUGGGGUUACCCAGCAGGCAGGGGCAGGGCACAGGAUUACUACUCGGACUACACAUACACUCACAACUAUGCCCCUGAAUAGACAAUCAACGUGACAGAGGGGGCAACACAAACGCCGUACUCCAGAGACUAGAGCUGGCUGAAUGUAUAUAUUUCCUUGUCAUAAACACAUUGAUUUAAUUCAGUAAAUAAGGAUCCUGGUUUUCUACAGUAAUAAAAAAUUGAUACAGGCAGUGCCGAGUGUCCUACUAUCAUGUAAACUGUACACUCUUUCCAUGUGAGCUGUUUGAGACCCUGUUCAAACCACUAUAUUUAUAUUUGCCAACAAAUGUUAAUGGCCUUCCAGCUUCUCGGAAUUUAUCUCGUUAUUUCUGUUUGUCCAGGUUUUGAAACGGUUUGUGAACAAGGGGAAAGGCUGAUAUUUUUUUAAGGAAAAAAAACAAACUAGUGAAUGAAAUUUCACUUUUGCUGUUGGUUUUCUUUUUUUAUUUUACAUAUUUGGUUGUCCUAAAUUCUAUUAAAAUAAAACAUUUCAAAUCUU